AUGGAGGAAUUCAGUAUUACGCUCAAAAUCAGUCGAUCCAGCUCCUAUAUCUACACCGUCACGGUUUCCACCCCUUCGCUGGUGUUCACCGCCGGAGUGUCUUGUGAGGCUAUGAACGUGUUUAUCAGCCAGAAGCAAUUGUUCGUCAGUGUGGGUGCUGUUUCGUUAGCCGGUGAUCUGUACGGUGUGUUAAACUUGUUUGUCAUGGGUCACGGUGAUUGCCUCCAGUUCAUAAGAUGUUUCAAUGUUCCUCUCAUGGUCUUGGGUGGUAAAGAGAUUGCGGUUGGAGUUGAGCUUGAUGACAAGCUUCCACCUAAUGAGUGCAUGGAUUACUACGAACAAGAGAACAGGUUUCAUAUCAAGCCAGAGUAUGUGACGAAUUUUAACAGACAGAGAUAUGGCACUUACUUUGAUCACUGGUUGUCAAUUCUUAAGAUGUAUCAUGGUAUUCUAAGACUUAAAUUUAUUAGUGCCUUCAAAUUCAAUCACAUGCACACAUUACUAAGGCAGCUUUCAAAGUUAGUACACGCACCUAGAGUACAGUUUCAAGACAUUCCAUCAACCAGUCAAGUCACAGAAGUGGCGGAAAUAGACAUGGAGACGAGACAAGGUCCACCCAUUUAG